AUGGCGGUUGUUUCGGAUCCUCGGUACCCUCGUGAGCUGCGAGAAAUGAGGCCUGAGGAGCUGGGCGGGAAGACGUCAAAGUACACGUGGACUCAGACUAAUUGGGAUAUUCGAUGCCGUGUGCCUCUCGAUCCCGAGACGAUGAAGACCGACAUCAAGUGCAUCAUUCAGCGGGGGCAUCUCAGCCUCUUUGUCUUCGGGGAGGCGAUCCUGAAUGGGCCGCUGUGCGAUAAAGUCGACACGGAGGAGUCCGCCUGGACUUUGGAGCGAGUUGGCAAGGAGGUUCCCCCGAGGCUGGAGGUCAACAUCAUGCUGAAGAAGGUUCAAGAAACGCAAGGCCGAAACCACUGGAACUGCAUCGUGCAUGGCGAGCCGACCAUUGAUGUCGACCGUCUUGGCCCGCCCAUCAAG